AUGGGUUGCUGCUUGUCUCGAGAGGACGACCGAUUUAAUAGCGGCAGUGAGGCGCUGCUGCCCAAGAGCAGGAACGGCAGCAAACGAGUAGAAAACUCGGUAGACGUGGAUCUCGCAAAGAAAGAGGGUGCAAACGGCAGUUAUAAGUCACCAUCAGCUGUCGUUGCGGCUGGAGAUAGCACGUCCAAGGUGUCAAUCAAGCCUCAGCUGCCCAAGAAAGCUGUGGAGAGCGUCGACCUGCUGGGACUUAACGACAAAGAAUCGACGCCACUAGCUGCACCAGCAAUGGCUCCGUCGAUACUCAAGCCGACAUCAACUGUAGAAACUAUGCCGACUCCGUCAAGGCCGACGCAACUUCCGUCGUAA